AUGGCUUUAUCAACUCGAGCAUAUGUACUAGUAUCUAGUGUGAUUUUAUCACUUUUAUUAAUAUCAUUAUUUAUUUAUGCUCAUAAUCAUUAUCAACGAGAACAUAAACCACUUACAGAAAUUCUUCUAUCGAAUGGAACAAAAAUAUUCGUUAAUAAUGAUAAAUCAAAUGAACAAACAAAACAACUUAAUCAAGACUGGCAUGAUAAAAUAAAAGAUAAACUACAUAAUAGUGCAAAUUUUGGCUUUAUUCAUGCACUUCUAGCAUCAUUAUCCGUUAUUGUUGUGAGUGAAUUAGGUGAUAAAACAUUUUUUAUUGCUGCUAUAAUGGCUAUGAGACAUCCACGUUUAGUUAUCUAUGGUGGUGCAAUGGGAGCUCUAGGAUUUAUGACUAUAUUAUCGGCGCUAUUAGGAAAUAUUGUGACUAAAUUUGUACCACGAAUAUAUACGUAUUAUAUAUCAAGUGUAUUAUUUGCGUGUUUUGGUGUAAAAAUGUUAAGAGAUGGUUAUAUAAUGUCACCGGACGAAGGUACAGACGAAUAUGACGAAGUUCAACAAGAUAUUGAAAAAGCAGAAUCUUCCCUUGAUCCAGAAGGCGGUUUGCCGUUGCCAAAUGGUGGAACAUCAUCACAACAACGUUCGCAAUCAAAACAACUACGUACAACAUCAUUUCUUCGACGUUACAUUUCACCAAUCUUCUUACAAGCCUUCAUAAUGACAUUUUUAGCUGAGUGGGGUGAUCGAUCUCAAAUAACAACGAUUGUUUUAGCAGCCAGUGAAAAUUUAUUUGGUGUUAUUGUCGGUGGAACUGUCGGUCAUGGCCUUUGUACAGGACUUGCUGUUCUAGGAGGCCGCUUUAUGAAGGUUUAUUUAGCAUCAUCCGUUCAACAUAACUGGCCGUCGAUUCCGGAUGUUAUUGAAGAGCGUAUUAUUUCUUGUCUUAUUGAACAAUUUGAGUUAAUUGAGCAAACUAUACCAUUAAAACGUUCUAGAAAUAAACAAAAUCGUAUUCGUACGAAAAAGACUACCACAACAACCACAACAGAAAAGAGAGACGAGAAUAAUAAAAUAUUGGUUGAAAAAUAUACUCAUCCAAUUAAACAACAUUUAGCCAUUGGUACACGUUCAGUAGUUAGAUGUUUAAAGCAACCAAAUCAGUGUUUAUUAACACUGGUUUGUACAUCACUAGAACCAAUUAUAUUGACAAAACCAAUUUUACUUUUGUCACAAAUGAAUUCGAUACCAGCUGUACGUGUACGAAAUUUAUCAUCGACUUUAACAAAAAUAUUUUCAAUUCCACAUUGUGCCACAAUUGCAUUUAGAUCAACAUCAAUGAUUAAUACUGAACUAAAAUUUCUAAUUGAGAAUAUUAUUCAGUUAAUUCAUGGUGAAAACACAAGUAAAAUUCAAGAAAAAGAGAAAAUAAUGUAUGUUCCUGGAAAAUUAAUUGCACCACAUCAGAAUCCAAAAAGAACAAAAACUGCACAAAUAGUCAAGAAAAAGAAAAACAAAAAAAAGAAUUCAUAA